AAAUGGAAAGUAAAACAAGGAAUUUGUGUGAAAGUCGUAUCUGAGUCAAUGCUAAGUUACUUUCUCUUCCUCAGACACAUCGGGAUGGAGAAAGUGACGUGAGAGAAGCUUCAGUGGACCAGCCUUCAUUAUCACCGUCGUCACUUUCUUCGUCACUUUCUUCGUUACUUUCUCUGUUACUUUCUCUGUUACAAUCAUCGUCACUUUUUUCGAUACUUUUUUUCUUUAAUUUCUUAGGCAGUUUCUCCGCUACUUUCAUCACUUUCUUCGUCACUUUCUUUAUAACCUUCAUCACAUUCUUCGUCAUAUUCUUCAUCAUCUUCGUCCUUUUAUCUAUCACUUUCUUUAUUUCUUUCUCUAUCCCCUCCACUGCUUUCAUCAUAUUUGUCCAUUUAUUUCGUCAAUUUCUUCACCGUCUUCGUCGUCCCAUCGUCAUCGUCACCCUCAUCGUCUUCGUCAUCAUCGUCAAGCAGUGUGGGUGGACGAGGAAACAAGCUGUAGUAUUACACGUCGCCUCCCCUUCACCCUUAAGAAUGAGUGUUUGUCGUUACAUUCAUCCCGGUAGUGUCCAUUGGUCGGCAGGCAGACAGCCAUGAGUUGCCCGUGAGUCUGCGGUUCCUGCACGGAGGAGCCAGACAAGGUGACCACUGCCCAGAAGUUUCCUGGAGGCUCGUCAUAUACGUGCAUCAGUGAAAAGUUGUGCCAAAAAUAAGUUACUCAAUCGAGAGUAAUCUGCAGAUCCCUCAUGAUGGCUUACCUCAGGUUGAACGAGAACGAGACUCUUCCGGUCUUUGUUCCCGCAGACCUCAACGUCACAGGACUAGAAGAGGAAACUAUCGUCGCGGAAGAUGUCGAGUGGAAUUUGGAUAUCACGAUGCCCAUCUGGGAGGUGGUGCUGACGGUGGUCUCAUUGAGCGUCAUCAUCAUCUUCACCAUCGUCGGCAACGUCCUCGUCAUCCUGUCUGUGUUCACUUAUCGGCCGCUGAGGAUCGUGCAGAACUUCUUCAUCGUCUCCUUGGCUGUGGCCGACUUGACGGUGGCGGUGUUCGUGCUGCCCUUCAAUGUCGCCUACAGCAUCAUCGGCAAGUGGAUAUUCGGGAUCCACCUGUGCGAGAUGUGGCUUACCUGUGACAUCAUGUGUUGCACAGCGUCCAUCCUCAACCUGUGUGCCAUUGCCCUCGACCGGUACUGGGCCAUCACCGACCCCAUCAACUACGCCCAGAAGCGCACCCUGAAGCGUGUGCUGAUCAUGAUCGGUUUGGUGUGGACUAUUAGCGUCAUCAUCUGCCUCCCGCCUCUCUUCGGCUGGAAUGACUGGCCAGAGACGUUCACGGAAGAGACGCCCUGUAUACUCACACAGGAGAAAGGCUUUGUCGUCUACUCUUCGUCUGGAUCCUUCUACUUCCCUCUCUUCAUCAUGACGUUGGUCUACAUCAAGAUCUUCACAGCCACACGACGAAGGCUACGAGAGAGAGCCAACGCCUCCAGACUAAACCAAAUCCCAAACACUGGAAAGGCCAGAGUGACGCGGGAAGAGGACUCAGCGGUGAGCGAGAACGGACAGAAUGGCUACAACGACAGCUGUAAGAAAAAAUUAGUUCAAAAGAAACGACGAAAGAAGAGGAAAACGGUGACGGCUCAAACGACAGCCACCACGACCACGACAUCGCUGGUUCCUCCUCCCAUAGCCGAGAGUUCUAUCACCGAGAACGACAUAAGCAACCCAAAAGAAGAUUGUUCUCCCGUGGAGGAGAAGAAGAGCUCAGAUGUUGUAAUCAAAGUCAACCCAAAGAGUGGCAGCCAAAUCCAUCAGUUCAUCGAGGAGAAGCAAAAGAUCUCGUUGUCGAAGGAGCGCCGCGCUGCCCGUACUCUAGGGAUCAUCAUGGGCUCCUUCGUUGUCUGUUGGCUUCCUUUCUUCCUCAUGUACGUCAUCCUUCCCUUCUGCCCGACCUGUCCUGAGCCCAACAUCAAGAUUAUCAACUUCAUCGUGUGGCUGGGCUACAUCAACUCCUCCCUCAACCCCGUCAUAUACACCAUCUUCAAUAUGGAUUUCCGAAGAGCAUUUGCAAGAAUCCUGAGAUGUCCGAAUGCUGCCACCAUAUAAUUUACAUCAGACUUUCUUCUUCCCUUUAACGUGUCAACUCUAUCACCCUCACCUGGACUUCCAUGAAUAUUUACUACGAUCAUGAUGUAAACUAAACUCGUCAUAGCCUACAGAGGUGUUAUAAUAGACCCUAUUAACCGGUAGCCAGUGAUAUAGUGACGCUUCUUACUACCGGCAGAGGGCCAUUAGGUGUAUCUAGUGAUGAACCAAUACAAUAUACCAAAAUAAACUCAAAAAACUUUUACUGUAUCUUCAGUGAAGAAUAAAUAAUUGUUGUCACGGAGUCAGCAUAGAGUAGAAGACAGAAGUUGCUCAUAUACUGUAGUUCAUCAACACUGGCUGGUAGUUGACAAUAAAGGCAUCUGGUGAGUGAGACGAGACUUCAUAUGUGUUGAUGAGGACAUGAGGUCAUACUCCCUCACCUGUGUGUGUAUACAUAUAUAAAUAUAACCAAAUGUACAUAGCGGAGACACUUAUGAAACAGAGGAGAUAAUUAAAGCAUAGUUCAGGGAAAUCUUGCGAAGGUGAUAACUUAUUUUUCUAAGAGUGUAAGUGGUGGACACCGGAAGUUGAUGUUGUUUUGUCCGGCUGUUCGUUCACUGUCUUAUGCAGCAGACGUUUUGCUUAGCAUUGAGAUGAACCACAUGUUAAUUGUAUCUGUUUAAAUUUUAAUGAAAUUGUUUGUCAGUUAUUGUU